CUAGUGCUUUUCGAUCAAGAUGGCAAGCUGGUCUGGCAAUCCUUCGAUCAUCCAACGGAUUCGUUGGUUCUCGGGCAGACGCUCAAGGAGGGAGAGAGGCUUGCGGCCAACACCUCCAUGACCAACUGGACGCGAGGUCAGUUUGGUACGCCGGACGAAUCGAUCUCAUUGCCUGUAGCAUUGUCACUUUAGUUUAUGAGGUUUGAGUCUGAUGGGCAUCUCAAACUUUACCAAUGGAGCCAAGGAUGGCAGGUGAUUGCUGAUGUUCUUCACUUGGAUGUUUGUGCUUACCCGACCGACUGUGGAGAGUAUGGAAUUUGUUCGAAUGGACAAUGCAGUUGCCCCAGUGGAGUGAAUGGUUCGAUCUACAUCCGGUUGAUCGAUGAUAGGAAAUCCAACCUGGGUUGCUCCUCUGUGAAUCCUCUGUCCUGCCAAUCCAUGCAAGAUCGUGGUCUCUUACCUGCUCAUGUUGUUUCUUACUUCAGUUAUGCUUACGGUGCUGCGAACUUUCGAGGAAUUGAUGAGGAGAGUUGCAAGCAAGCAUGCUUGAAGAAUUGUUCUUGCAGGGCUGCUCUUUUUCAAUACUCUGGAAAUGUUUCAGAUGGCAAUUGUUUUCUGCCAUUGCAACUCUUUUCGUUGCAGAACAACCAGCCUUCCACAUCUCAUUAUAAUUCAUCUGCAUAUAUUAAGGUGCAGAACAUUGUUGUGUCUCCUGCAUCUAAUAAUACUAAAAAGAGGGAUGUCGGUAUCGGAGUUUCAAUAGGUAUUAUUGGAGCUGUGCUUAUUGCAUCUCUCAUCGGGGGCAUGAUCAUCAGAUAUGUUUGGAGAAAAAGGUCCACAGAAGAGGAAGAGGAUGACUUCCAGCAAGUACCGGGAAUGCCAACAAGGUUCGCUUUCGAGGAGCUGAAAUUAGCGACAGAAAAUUUCUCAAAAAAGCUUGGUGAAGGAGGGUUUGGGACUGUUUACCAGGGGAAGAUAGGGGAUGAAAAGGUUGCAGUGAAGCGUUUGGAUGGAGUCGGUCAAGGGAAGAGAGAAUUCUUAGCAGAAGUUGAGACAAUUGGUAGCAUUCAUCAUACCAACCUGGUAAGGCUAAUUGGAUUCUGUGCAGAGAAAUCACAUAGGCUCCUUGUCUAUGAAUACAUGUGCAAUGGAUCAGUUGAUAGGUGGAUCUUCAGCAAAGGUCAACAUAGCACUCUUAAUUGGCAUAUGAAACGUAAGAUAAUUGUCGAUAUAGCAAAGGGAUUGUCUUAUCUUCAUGAAGAAUGCAGGCAAAGAAUUGCUCAUUUGGAUAUCAAGCCUCAAAAUAUACUCUUAGAUGACAGAUUCAAUGCCAAGGUCUCUGAUUUUGGACUGUCCAAGUUGAUAGACAGAGAUCAGGAGCAAGUGAUGACUAGAAUGAGAGGGACACCGGGGUAUCUGGCACCUGAAUGGUUGACAUCAAUAAUCACUGAAAAGGUCGAUAUAUACAGUUUCGGCGUUGUGAUCAUUGAAAUUGUUUGUGGAAGAAAGAAUUUGGACUACUCUCAGCCCGAAGAAAGUGUUCACCUGAUCAGUCUCCUUCAAUUGGAAGACAUCAUCGAUGCUCAUAGUGAUACCAAGCUGCAUGCAAAAGAAGCCACUGAGAUGAUCAAACUAGCACUAUGGUGCUUACAGAGAGACAGCAACAAAAGACCUUCCAUGUCGACCGUGGUAAAGGUUUUGGAAGGCGCAAGGAACGUAGAAACUGAUCUAGACUACAAUUUUUUCGCAAAUACCCCCAUAAUGCCGAGGAAUAGGGAUCAUUAUGAUUACCAUUUGGCUGCUUCACCUGCACCACCUGCAUCUCUUUUAUCAGGUCCAAGAUGAAAGACCAAAUUCGCAAGGGCAGCUCAUUGUGUUGGCAUGUUCAAAGCAUGUUAACUUGUGUUCAGCUAUGUAAUCUCUCAUUGAACCCUCUGUAACCUGAGUCAUCUUAAAAUAAAAAGGCAUGCAGUGGUUGUUCUCCA